AUGUGGCGCAGGAGAGCAGCUCCAAUCAGCACUUGCGUAUGGGAUCUUUCCGGGAGGUAAUGGCGGAUACAUUGACGUGUUUUUCAUGAGGCCCCCUAUCGUUGCGUCACUGUAGUGCGACAAAUAUCGUUCUAGUAAACAACCCAGCCCGGUUUUUUGGCAACAAUAUUUAGAUAUGGAGUCGGAGAAGCCAAAGGAACAAGCUCCUCCAGUGGAUUUGACAACCACACCUCCAUCUCAGACAAAAAAGCCAAGUCAGGCUCUGUAUGUUCCUAAACAACGUCUCAAUGCCACCAAAAACAAAACUCAGAAAGAAGUUAAGCCGAGGCCUCAAUACACAGACAAGGCACGGAAGAAUGCCAAAAACAAGAAGAGUAGGAUUGGGGAGGAAGAAAAGCCUGCAGCUGUCGUUGGAGAAGAUGGGCGUCCAACACAAAACAACAACACAAACUUGGAGGGAAAAGUAGAGGGACCAGAGAACGUUGGAGUGCAUGUGAACGAUCAACCUGAACCGAACAGUGUGGAGGAAGGUAUUUCAAAACAACUGGAGCCAAUGUCUCUAGAGGAUGAAAAGGGCGAAGAUGAGAGCUGGGAAAAGAUGUUUAAUGAAGAUGGGGAUUGUUUGGAGCCACAUCUUCUUGAGGAGCUUGCUGCAAAAGAAGGAAAAAAGAAGCCCUCAAUUCAGGAGCCAAGAUUUGAUUAUUUUAAUAUGGACCCAGCUGAUGAUGAAGAUGAUAUCAACCUUAGAGAAGAAGAGCUCUCUCACAUUGUAGAGAUCUAUGAUUUUCCUCUGGAAUUUAAAACAGAGGAUCUUCUUAAAAUGUUUCAGUGCUAUCAGCAGAGGGGCUUUGACAUAAAGUGGAUAGAUGACAGACAUGCCCUGGGCCUUUUCUCAAGCCCCAUAGCAGCCAGUGAAGCAUUAAGAUCAAAACAUCCACUCAUGAAGUUGCGACCACUCUCAAAAGCUUCACCUGCCACGAAAGCCAAAGCUCGUACAUCAUCAGAUUACCUCCUUCCUGCAAAAGAGCGACCACAGACUAGUGCAGUACUGGCUCGCAGGCUUGUGACUGGUGCCCUUGGUGUUAAAAGCAACCUGACAAAGGAACAGCACGAAGCAGAGAGGAGAAAACUUCAGGAAGUACGAGAACAAAAGCGCCUGGCAGCUAAACAGAGGGAAGAUGCUUGGGAGGGGAAGUGACUGGGAGAACUGUUGUACCAUGUUUCUUUUUCUUCUCUUCAGUGGAGGCAAACAAUGUCUUUCCUUUUUGCUUCUCCUUUCUUUAACUGGUUAUUCCCUCCUACCACCACACAUACCAGUAAUUGAUCCCCAUCCAGUCUGCUGUGUGCAGUAUCCUACACUUUUACUCCAAAGAUGUUUCCUCUCCUAGUGUUUUCUUCAGGGACUUUUACUCACUCUAGCCUAGCACUGUAACCAUUUUUUUAAUCUCAUUCAUUAGUAAAUCAAUAAAAUAUUUUUUUCUGUAAAAUGUGAACGAUUUAAUGCUUGUAUUUAGUGAUUUUUUUUAACAUAACUAAAUUUUGCACAUAUUGUUGUCAAAUAUAUCUUUUUCAUGACUUCAUCAUGUGAUUAAAAACAUUUUGGGAAUAGACAUUGCUAUAAUUCACUUCUGUUUGUUACUUGUUGUUUUCAGAAAUACAACAUUGCUUACAGAAUGUAUGAUGAAAUAUUGCACAAAAAAACCCCACACCACCUCAUUCUUACCUCUCC